GCGGGCGCACAAGAUGGCGGUCCCGGUAGUCCCGAGGAAGUGUGUGCUUCUCGGCUUUGGGCUCUAGCGCCGGGCUGGGGUCCGGAGACAGGCUUCGCCCAGGUGACAGGAAGCCCGAGCGGUGCCACCCGGCCUCGUGGGUUGCCAGGCCCGCUCGCUGCUGCCCCGGGGCCCCGCCGCCUCCCCAGCCCUGCCCCGGGGCGGAACCGAAGAAGGUCAGGUCCGGCGGUCCCACCCCGCCCCUCCUGGUCCCGCGGCAAUCGCUGUUCUGUGCGUGGCUCACUAUUAACAUUUGAGCUCAGCCACGUGCAGCCUCCAUGGCGGCCUCGCAAGUUCCAGGGGAGAAGAUUAGCAUCCGGACGGGAGAGUCGGCCAAGGCCGGGGACAGGGACCUGCUAGGGAACGACUGUCCGGAGCGGGACAGGCCCCUCCAGCGUUCCUGGAGGCAGAAGUGCGCCUCCUACGUGCUGGCCCUGCGGCCCUGGAGCUUCAGUGCCUCACUCACCCCGGUGGCCCUGGGCAGUGCCCUGGCCUACCGAUCCCAGGGCGUCCUGGAUCCCAGGCUGUUGGUGGGUUGUGCCGUGGCAGUCCUGGCUGUGCACGGGGCUGGCAAUUUGGUCAACACUUACUAUGACUUUUCCAAGGGUAUUGACCACAAAAAGAGUGAUGACAGGACCCUGGUGGACCGAAUCUUGGAGCCCCAGGAUGUUGUGCGGUUUGGAGUCUUCCUGUACACUUUGGGCUGUGUCUGUGCCGCUUGCCUCUACUACAUGUCCCCUCUGAAACUGGAGCACUUGGCUCUCAUCUACUUUGGAGGCCUUUCUGGCUCCUUCCUCUACACAGGAGGCAUUGGAUUCAAGUACGUGGCUCUGGGAGACCUCGUCAUCCUCAUCACCUUCGGCCCACUGGCCGUGAUGUUCGCCUACGCCGUCCAGGUGGGGUCCCUGGCGGUCUUCCCACUGGUCUACGCCAUCCCCCUCGCCCUGAGCACGGAGGCCAUCCUCCAUUCCAACAACACCAGGGACAUGGAGUCCGACGGGGACGCGGGCAUCGUCACGCUCGCCAUCCUCAUCGGCCCCACCUUCUCCUACGUGCUCUACACCACGCUGCUCUUCCUGCCCUACCUGAUUUUCAGCAUCCUGGCCACACACUGCAGCAUCAGCCUGGCCCUGCCCCUGCUCACCAUCCCCAUGGCCUUUUCUCUGGAGAGACAGUUCCGAAGCCAGACUUUCAACAAACUGCCCCAGAGGACCGCCAAACUCAACCUCCUGCUGGGGCUCUUUUACGUCUUUGGCAUCAUUCUGGCACCAGCGGGCAGUCUGCCCAAACUCUAAGGGGACAGGGAGCUCCCUCAGCCACACGCGCCCGUACCUGAGCAGUGUAGCUGAGGAGGGAAGGUGAUUUGGCACCGAGGGACCUAAGGAUGCCUUGUGAACGCCCACCUUUUUUUUUUCUUUCUCAAUUUUUACAUUCUUAAUGGUUUGUUUUCGUUUUGUUCUGUUUUAUGGGGCAUCUUGAAACCACUCUGGUAUCAGAAGAAGGUGAAUUGGCUGCAUGGCCCUUGUUUUAUUUAUAAUUUCCACUAGAGGGUGUUGUUAGGUCACUUUAAAGUGGACUAAAAGGCCCUAAGACUGCGAUGGAGCUGCCUGGUGCCUGAAAUAGCCAUCACAAUGGGUGAAGUGGCCUCCUGUCAUCUUGUCUUGCAGGGGACGCUAAUGGCUCGCGUCAGGCCCAGCGACACCGACACCGGGAGCACCUGUCUUUUACUCGGAGCAUUUGGGUGCUGAAACACACUGCCUGAGACAGAAAGUCCCUCAUGAACGGGCCAACGUGGCUCCCAGCUCUUAGCCUCAGUUGUGAUUCAGAGGCUUUGCCCUUUAGCUCUCCUUUCACUGAUUGCCACAGUUAAGGAAGUGUCACAUCAGCCCGCAGCAAGACAACCGAGCCAGGGACUGGGAAGGAAAAAACAACCCCACCCUGGAGGCAGCUGAGAAAAUCACUCUGCUUUGCAAUAGAAAUUGGUAGGACAGCUGUUUCCGCUUUGUAGAAUCCACUAGAAUGACAGGAAGGUCUCCCAGCUCUUCCGGUAACUAUUAGGAGCCCUGACACUGCAGAGGCACUGCUGUCCUUUGGGCGUCCCCGCCCCCAUCACCUUUCCUAAUGUUCCCCUAUGCCUACCUUUUAUUUCUGUUGGGUUCCCAUUUGGGUGUCUCCCCCCCCAACCCCCAUCGCAGAGCCUGACUAUUUGGGCAACAGCUCAGCUAUGUAGUCAGGGACAGUUGUCACUUUCCACAGAGCCACAAGAUGAACAGACCAGGGACAUCAGCUUUUCCGUGAAGGAAGAAGCCGCUAGACAAACCGGCCUGACCCUGUUCAGCCAAGUGACAAGCUCUGCCAGGGAAGCAACUGUGUCUUCCUCCUUGAAGACGGAUGUGCAGUAUUGACCUGGCUUCUCCCAAAGGCUUUCCAGUUGCCUUGUGCAAAGAUAGUUGGCACCCAGAACGGGGGGAGUCCAGAGCUGAUCGAAGCUGCUUUCCAUUUCAUUGCCUGUGAAGUCUAAUUUCUGGGCUAGAAUUGCUCAGUGCCAUUUGGUCCAAGGCUGAAAUAGAUUGAGGCCACCGUGGUUAUAUUGUCCUGUUGUGACGAUAGCCAUUCUGAUAGGUAUUUUAGGGGCUCAGCCUGCAGAAAAUGACUAGUUCUUAAUCCUUAAAAUUAGGCUCAUUCUAUGAUUUGGCUUCUUGAGUUAGAAUGGAUCAGCUUCCUCGGAAAAAUCGUAUUUGGAAAUUGCAGAAGUUCCUCUGAAGUUACAGGUGGUUUGUCUGCAGGGAUCCAGAUUGUCACACAGUGGUCAGAGCCUGGGAACAAGCGCAAUGGCCCUUGUCUCCUUCCCAGCACCAGUUUUGUUUCCUGCCAGGCUCAUGGCAUUGUGGUGCUCACAGGGCUCCUGCCUUCCAACACGAGCCCUCGGACCCCUCCUCAGAGCAAGCUCACCCCGGAGCCUGUAGGACCGAGAGCUUCCUGCGUCCCCAGACUAGACCCACCUUUGGAAGCACUCCUGUCAGGGGUGUCAGCCUCUGCACUGUGUUCUGGUGCAGAUUUUUAAUGCAGAUUUUUAUAUAUAAAUAUUUCUAAAAGGCCAAAUUUGGUGCCAGGUUUGAUAUGCAGGUCACCAUCAUUUGUAUUAUAUCCCCUGAUGCAAUAAAGGUUUUCUUUAGACUUGUUCAUUAAAACACGUUUAUCAGUU